GUAACGCCACGAUGCUGAGCGUUAAGACCGCGAAAGCAGGCGCCGGCGAGGAGAUGGGGUGCAACCGCGCCGGCGCGCGCGCGGUGAAGGUUGGCUUCGGGAAGAAGAAUACUAAGAACGGCCCUAAAUCUUCUGCGGCCAAGACGCGCACCGUGGCGGGGACCAUGUCCGACGCCGAGUCGAUGCACCGCCACGGCACCGUGGGCCCCGGCGUGAACAAAAACGACGCGAUGGUGCUCCUCCUCCCCGAGGACGCGUACGUGGACGGACCGGCGACCGCGGAGGGCGCGUUGAAUCGCAAGAAGCCGUCGGACGACGUCGCCGUGUUGGCCGCGAAAACCGCGUUGUUGCGCGCGUGCGGCGACGCCGACGAGCGCGCGUUGACCAACGACGGGCCGUCCCCGUCGCUGAUGUGCGCCGUGCGCGUCGCGACCGCGAACGACACCGAGGUGAUCGCGCUCGCGGAGGGGCUGUACGCGUUCGACCCGGAGCGCGACGAGCGCGACGACGAGUACGACCAAGACGGGAACAAGGCGCGUUCUAUCCGUACGACGCUAGCUGGUCCCCGCGCGACCGACCGCGGUUUCUUCGAUCCCGACGCGCCGCGUCGCCUCUCAUCGACUAACCAACUGACGCUCCCUCGAACGCCCACCCCGACGUCUGUCGUCGCUUCGCGCGGACCCUGAUUGAUCACCCACCCUCAGCG